AUACCCAAAUUUGACGAUCGAUUUGCACGUCAGAACCGCUGCGAGCCUCCACCAGAGUUUCCUCUGGCUUCGCCCUAUUCAGGCAUAGUUCACCAUCUUUCGGGUCCCCACAUUUACGCUCUUACUCAAAUCCAUCCGAAGACAUCAGGAUCGGUCGAUGGUGCGCCCCACGAGGGGGCUCCCACCUCCGUUCGCUUUCACUGCGCGCACGGGUUUGACACCCGAACACUCGCCGUCCGUGCCGAAGCGCGUUCCUCGGUCCAGGCUGGCCGCAUUGCACCCCUGGCUAUAAGGUACCCCGGAGGGUACUACAUUCCAGGGGCCUUUGACCGGCCGCCCAAACCGACGCUGGCCCGCCCACGGGGAAGUACACCGGCACGAAUGCCGGCUGAACCCCGCGGGCGAGUCUGGUCGCAAGCGCUUCCCUUUCAACAAUUUCACGUGCUGUUUAACUCUCUUUUCAAAGUGCUUUUCAUCUUUCGAUCACUCUACUUGUGCGCUAUCGGUCUCCGGCCAGUAUUUAGCUUUAGAUGA